AUGCCCGUGCCAACAUCGCAUCAAGCCGCCGGUGGCCAGUCAGCUUCCUGCUUUCAAAAAUUACGAAUGGGUUUCAUGAUGGGCUGUAUGAUCGGUGGUGCGACCGGCGUUUUACUGGGUGGUUUCGGAGCCUUUAGAGGAGGACUUCGAGGCAAAGAGAUGAUAGUACAGAUGGGAAAGGUCGCGGCUCAAUCCGGAGGCUCAUUUGGCAUUUUCAUGGCAGUUGCUCAAGGUUUAAGAUGU